UCUGUGUCUCGGCGAUGCCGGGAGGAUUGCUGGGUUCCCGCGAGUCUGAAGCUCGCCACAGUCGCGGUGAGAAGGACCCGCCCCUUUUAAGGCAGCGAUCUCCAGCCCUGGAAGUUAACGUUCAGAUCAGUCUGAAAGCAGGAACGCGGAAGAGUGAAGAACGAUCAACAGCUGCUUCAGCCAAACCCUGGAGAUCUCCGCCAGUGUUCCAGGCAUUUAGAACCGAGCUGAGCGGGAGGGAAGGAGAACGCCGGGUCCUGUGUCGGUGCCUCGCCGUGAACACCGCGCUAUAAGUAAGAUCUUCUCUCAUUCUUCGGAGUUCCAGCUUGUACAGUCCUAAGCGACGCAAUCUCCCCUCUUAGUCUGACCCCUACAUCUCUGGAAUCAACUUGGUGAACUCCUCUGCACUGCCUCCAAAGCCAGUAGAUGCUUCCUCAACAUUAAAGGUGGCUGAAGUUUACAAGUAUAUGUGACCAAGAGGAUCAGUGCUAAGGAUCUGGAAGGCAUAAUUGCAUCUUAACAGCAAACAUUAAAAUUUUCUUCAAAGGCCAAACAACUAAACUGAACAACCUCAAAGUAAACCAACUAAGAUGAAUUGUACUUGGAAACCCUGCAGUUAAUCAUGGUUAUUGGGAAGACUGGACCAAUUUCUACCUUGAACCAAGACUUAAGAUUGAACACAUUCACUUCAUUGUAUCCUGAAUUUCUCAGCAAGUGAUUUUCUCCAAAACUAGUCAUCACUAGACCCCCAAGAACAGAACAAACAUUGCUUUUGCAGAAGCAUGUCCAAAAAAACUGAGGUUGUCAAUCUGUCAUUCCUGUUGGACGAUGAAAAGAAAACGAUUCUAGAAGUUUUAAACCGAGAUGAAAUGUUGAGAAAAGCUGAAGAGAAAAGAAUAAGGAAAUUAAAGAAUGAGCUCAUCAAAAUCCGUGGUGCUGGGGUGAAUCGAAGAAGGCAGCAAGUUAAUGAAAGAGUCUGUAAACGAUGCCAGAAGACACUUGGCCUGAUCUUCUUUAGAGGGGACUUGUGUCAGGUGUGCAAUGAUCGUGUGUGUGCGGAAUGCCGUGUUAUCAUCAAAGACGGGAGCUGGAAAUGCACAGCUUGUGCUAAAAUUGCGCAGUUGAGGGAGGUCACUGGUGAAUGGUUUUUCGAAGAGAGGGCAAAACGUUUUCAGAAUGUUUCUGUGCUGGGAAGUGAAAUCAUCAAGCAAUCCAUCAAAAGAUCCACAGAAACGAAGUCUGAGCAAUCAAAGGGAAAAGCACGGCAGAAAAACACGGAGGAAAUGUUAAAGUCGUCCACAGUACCCAGAAAUGAGAAGAAAGCAGUUCCAGAUGCAUUUAAAAAGUUGAAAAAACGGGCCAAAUCUAACCUGAAGGCACUGAGUGAUCAGGGGCUAGAUACAGAGGAUGGAAGAAGCAAUGGCUAUACAGGCUCAGAUUUUGAAAUGGAAAGCAUAUAUUCUUCAGCUCACUCUGGCAGCAGGAUGGCUACACCGGUACCACAGAUCUCACCAGCGUCCAGUAAACAAAGUCUUGUAUCAGAUUAUGGGAAGAAGGCAAGAUCUACAGAAAGUAUUGACUCGUUAUCAAUUAGUAACAGUGUGACUGAGGGCCUGUCCAGGGGAAAGCACAAUCUGCCUACAAUAGAAAUUUCAAAAUAUUCAAUUUCAUCAGAUCGAAGCAGAUCUGAGUUGGACUUGAGUGGAUCCUGUGCAUCCGGGAUUGAGGACUCAAUCAGCCUCAGAUGUAAAUCCGUCCCUAGAGGUCUCAAUGAAGCCACGGAUUACCUUGAUGAAGAUGACUUUGAUGAAGAAGACAUUGAUGAUUUGGUCUCUAUGUAUCGCCCAAACAAUGAGAGAAACAGUCUGGGAAGUGGGCUUUCUGUAACCAGUUUAAAUAGCAUGAUGAGUGUCUACAGUGAAACUGGAGAUUAUGGCAAUGUAAAUAUCAGUGGGGAAAUUCUCCUUGGAAUCAAUUACAGCUACCGAAGUGGAGCAUUGAGCAUUUCUGUGAAAGAAUGUCGCAAUUUAGCUAUUGCUGAUGAGAAGAAACAGAGAACUGAUCCCUACGUGAAGAUGUACCUCCUCCCAGACAAAUCUCGUCAAAGCAAACGCAAGACCAAGCUCAAAUCCAAUACCACAAAUCCAGUUUUCAAUGAAACUUUAAGGUAUGUAAUUAAUCACACACAACUGGAGACAAGGACUCUGCAAGUCUCUGUCUGGCACUAUGACAGGUUUGGACGGAACAGCUUCCUGGGUGAAGUGGAAAUACCAUUUGACUCCUGGGACAUUGAAAAACAAGUUGAGGAUUGGUUUCUGCUGCAGCCUAAGAUUGAGUCUGCAAUUGACAAUGUCCUACAAUACAAAGGGGAACUGACAAUUUCAUUGCGCUAUACGCCAGUUGGUCAGCAUUUAAACCUUCCACCAGAACAAGGAAAAGCUAAAAGGAGUUUCAUUAAAGGAAAGAAAAGUUCUACACAAGCAUCAAAUGGUGGAAUUGUGGAGGUGCUCAUUAAGGAAGCAAGAAAUUUAACUGCAGUAAAAAGCGGAGGAUCUUCAGAUACUUUUGUAAAAGGAUAUUUACUUCCUGAUGACAACAAAGCUUCUAAGAACAAGACACAUAUUGUUAAAAAGAGUGUAAACCCCCAGUGGAACCAUAUCUUCACUUAUACUGGCUUACACCUCAGUGAUCUACAAAAUGUGUCUAUCGAACUAACCGUAUGGGAUAAAGAGGCACUUUCCAGCAAUGUUUUCCUUGGCGGUAUUCGACUUGGUCAUGGCAAUGGUCAUAGCUAUGGGAUUGCAGUUGAUUGGAAUGAUGCCCAGGGGGAAGAACAACACAUCUGGCUUCAAAUGAUAGCAAACCCAGGUGUCUGGGCAGAGAGCACAAUAAUGCUGAGAGCCAGCAUGGGGAAGCGCAAAUUUUGAACCUGCACAUGCAAUGUAAAAUUAAAAAUAUUAUCAAGCUGUAGUUUUUAAAGAUAAAAAUAUUGAGUUAUAUAUGUGAAAGAAAAUAUUUAUAGCUGUAUUUUCACUUUUUAAUUUGUGUAAAUAACAUUUCCUUGGGUUUUUGAAUAGUUCAGUUUUGUAAAAAAAAAUCAAUUAAGGUCACCUUUACUAGCACAGCAUUUGGAAAAAUGAAUAUUCUGUCUCGCCUCUGUGUCCAGCUCUAGGUUAAUAAACAGUAAUUGUUGAAGGUUUGAUGACCUUUCAAUAGAGCAACCAAGUUCCUAGUUUUAGUCCUAGAUAGCUCCACCAAAGAGAUUAACUGUGGGUGAAACUUGGUUAGCAGUUUCAAUGAUAACUGGAGACAGAUGAUUUUCCCUGCAGCAGCCGCGUGUUAAGAUAACCAUCACCACAGAUGUGAAAAUACAAUGUACAGAGGAAAACUCUCCCUGCCCUCUUGUAACAAAGCCUAUUGUUAUUUCUCCUGUGUGCAAUCAAUUGGUCGUAUUAAAAAUGUUAUUUAUUUCCCUCUCGGGUUUCCUGUACUACACAAUUUCUUAUUGGGAGGCAUUAGGGUUAGGAUGAUGCAAGGCGAGGAGGAGGACCUUCACGAACCAAUGUCUACCUUUGCCUUUCUCCCACCUGACACCAUUUAUUCUCAACAGGCCUUUGAACCUACUAACAAGUCCUAGUAAAUGGUAUGAUCAACUCCAAAAAUUACAGAACCAAGUGUCGGUAAAAUUGAACAUGCAGCAACUGACAGUCAGCUUGCACGAUCAGGGUAAAUGAAUCCUGAAGGUUAUUAAAACAUUAAUUUUGACUUUAUAACUCAAAGAUUGUAUACUUAGUGUAACUAUCACACCAAAGCUAUGUUUGAUAAUCUUUCUGGAUUCUAACAGGAUACAAAAUGACAACAGGAAUUAAUUCAGCUGCAAUUACAGCAACAGUUGUAGUUACAGUUCUGCAUUUAUUAUUAGUAGAAUUAAGAAUUUCAUCCAGUGUCAACCAAAAUAUUUUCAUGUUUAAAAAUGUUUACUGCAUUGGAAGAUUGGCAUUCUUAUUUGGGCUCUAGAGUUGCUGGUCAGAAGUGAAGUUAUCAUGUAGCUAACACCAUUUGGUUACAGCGUGCUUGCUUAACAUAAGUGCUGUAAGGGAGAAGAACGAGUGUGGAAUAGACAUUCACUAUUUGCAAUUUCCAUACAACAAGCCUUAUGUGAAGUUUUGAUGUAAUUCUCCAAAGUUAAAGCAUCAUGUGGCCUCAAAGAUGAAAUUGAUAAUACUGACUGAACAAUUGAGCCAUUGGCAGGGAAAGGUGUGAGAUAAAAUAAAAGAUGUUUCACUAGAGGUAUUAUAAUAAUGCUACAUCAGUAGGGCCAGUGCAAUACUGAUAAUAAUAGUGUAAUAUUUUAUGUUAAAGAUUUAAAUAUUUUUAAACUGGUAUUAUAUAUCUAUUAUGGUUCUACAUUAUCACAGUUCCUUGUCAUCAAUAUUCUGCAAAUCAAAUGUGAUAUUAUUCUAAUGGCUUAGUAUUUAAAUUUUCUGUAUAAAUAUUGAAAAGAGAAAAUGCUGUCAAAGUAAUCAUACUGUACACGUCAGCAUUGACUGAUAUUCAUCACUGUUGUAUGUUACUGCUGGGUCACUGCAGAAGAUGUUGCCUAAGACAAAAUAUAAGUUUUUUCCCACUGGCUCGUGCAAGCAAAGUUAUCAGCACAGUAAUUUCAUAAAACUAAAGAAACUAGUAUUCAAGGUUGCUACUAAAUGGUUACUUAAUGCAAAACUGCAAAUAAAUAUUAGCCAUUCCUGCUUGAAAUGUGACAUCCUCUUCAAACUGAACCUUCUCAAGUCUACUUUAGAAGUUUUAUCAAUGAGCUCUCUUCUCUUGGAAGGACCAUGGUGGAAAUGUUAGCUGAUUAUUUCACUAUGUUCACACUUCCGUUCUUCUCAGGAAAUUAAGCAGCUAUGCCAGUGUAUUACAAGACCUAGAAUACAUUCAGACAAUGUAAAGUUGCAUCACAUCAAGUUGCCAUAGUCUAUGACCAUUUCUAAUAAGUGUUGAAGUACUCUUCACAUAAAUAUAUCAACACAUCUUUUAUCAAGAAUAUUAUUGGAGACACUGUUUACUAGGAACAUACUAUAUCAACAAGAUGAGGGCAGAAAUUGGGUAUGCUGGUUCUCCGAAGUCUUUAUCUACAAGGCGCACAGUAGGAAGAGGAAAUGUUUAGACAAGCACUGCUCCAACAAUACUAGGAAAAGUCAAUACUGUGCUGUAGCAAGUGGUCUUGUGGUCACCCAUUCACUAGCCUAAACAUCCACUCUCUCCAGCACCACCACACUGCAACUACAGAAUGCAUCUUCGACAAACGCCACCUGCCAAGGCUAUUUAGACAAUACCUCCCAAACUGGCAUAUGGUUUUAAAAUGAGAACUACAUUAUAUCUGCAUCCUGUGGUCUGAUUAAUUCAGUGUCUCAGUCCGCUUCACCUGACGACUAUACCUUUAAAAUAAUCAGUAUUCUGUAAAGUGUUCUGAACUAAUUGUAAGAAAGAACAUUAAUCAGCGCUAUUUUUUGUGAUGUUGCCAAAGGUUCAUGGUCAAAGGGUAAUUGCAAACAUUGACCAGGAAGUAAAGAGGCACAGACUUGAACAUUACAAUAAUCUAUCAUUUUUGGUCUUUAAAACUGAAGGUUAUUUUUUUUCCCCCAGAUCAUUCCACUAUUAACAACAUUGCCUUUAGAAGAUUGCAAAUGAUUUUUACGCUUUAUAUGCAGCACACUGCAUGCUGAUACAAGGGAAUUUCAUGGCAUGUCAGCGCACAAUUCAAACCAGUGCCAUGAUGAUGCAUUCCAGCUUCAAUACCUAAAAGGCCAGAAUAUACAGGAAGAGUCAAUGAAGUCCUGCAGAAGGAAAUUUUGAGUUGGUUAAGAAGUUUUUUUUUAAAAAAAGUAAAGAUCGAAACUCUAGAAUUGCCACAUGCUUGACGCCAAAAAUAGGAAGAUCGUACAGUUAAAUAUGUGGCUGAACAGCUAGUGCAAAAAAGGAAGGCUUCAGAUAUCUGGAUCAUUGAACUCUUCUAGGGCAGAUCAGACCUGUACAAGGGGAGCAGGUUGCACCUAAACAGCAGGGGCUCUAAUACCCUUGCAGAGAGGUUUUCUCAUGCUCCUAAGGAAAGUUUAAACUAAUAAGUGGGGAGGAAGCAUCAACCAGAACAGUAAGAAGCUGGAGGAGUGAUUUUGGAGAUGGUGAGGGUUAAGUGACAUAAUUUGAAAAUCAAGCAGAGCCAGGAUAAUGAGCACAAGAAGAAUGAUGGUCUGUAGUCUAUUUAUUUUAGUGCAAGGUAGGGCAAAUGACCUUAAAGUCUGGAUUAAUACAUUGAGCUACAAUAUUGUAGCCAAUACAAAAUCUUAGUUGGGAGAGGUGCAGGACAAGCAGCUCAACAUCCAGACUAUAGCUGUUUCAGAUGUUGACAGAGUGGGAUAUAAAAGUGGUGCAGGAGUGACAUUACUCAUUAAGGUGAAUGUCAUGGCUGCACCGAGAGAACGUUUUGGAGAACUCAUCAAGUAAGGCCAUAUGAUUAGAACUCACCUAUAAUGGGAUUAGCUGCUGGUGGUGUGGCAUCUGCACAAAACUUCGAGGCGACUGAUUCCGGGUUCAGAUCCAGCCGGCUCCUUACACGCUUUCCAUUCGCGCUGGGUUGAGCAUCAAGCUAGCAACUCAGCCUUGUAAGCAACAGACAAAUGCUAAAGAAACAGCAAGGUUGCUGCCUGAUGCGCCACAAGGCACAGAGGAACAACUACAAUAAUGGUAUUAUACUGUAAACUUCACAAGAGCCAGUGAGAACCAGAGAACAAAUGCAGGCAGAUCAUGGAAAUAUAAAAACACAGGGUAUUCAUGGAUGAUUUUAGCUUGCUGAAUAUUUUCUGGCACUUCCAUAGCACCAGGGCUGAGAAAGGCCCAAAUUUGGUAGGUUUCUUGAAAAAAAAUGUAGAUUAUCUAACAACAGAUUGGACCAUUCUGUUGUAUAAUUUCAUAAAUAAAACAACAGGGGUGUUUUAAGUUCAAGGGGAACCAUAACAACAAACCUUACUGUCAAUCAAACACAACACAAAGCUUAGUAGUUACUAAGUAGUUUUGUGACUGUAGUUACAAGUGUGAGUUUUGGGAAUUCACCCAGUAGUUAAAUGAACUCUUAUGCAGGGUCGUUAUGGGGAACUUAGUGAGGUGCGAAGUAACUACCCCAAGUACUCGCUUGACACCCACAAGCCAGCAGUUCCUAAGGUCCUUGGGCACAUAGGAAAUCUGUGCCGAACAGAGAUCUAGCCACCUUAGUCAGAAUGAAAUCCCAUAUAUAACGUCACCCACUGAAGCAAAGCAUCAUCUGUCAUAUUCAGUAGGUCUGGAUCCUGCUACCGUUGGCAGCCUCCAGUGAGGGUCCGUCACUCUUUGCCUUAUGAUCGAUAGGCAAUGCUGGCAGCACACUCAUUUGAGCACCUGUGUCACACAAUAAACAUCGCUCUGAGAGUGUCAUAGUGAACAAUAGACUACCAUGGCAGCUGGAACCCAGGGUGCUUACAGACCUCAGAUGUCCCAGUGCACUGGCUCUGUCAAAGCUGCAAGGCGGGCAGCACUUCUUAGCAGUCGUACCAAAGCAAGUCUAGUAAAAGCACUGAUUUGCAGCCAUAGGCCCUGCUGACCAGGCUUAUUGAGGCAAGGAAAUAAGGAAGAAUUAUGCACCUCUGCCUGGCUAUAUGGAGACUUAUCAGCCAGUUUAGCAAGCUCCCUAGUCAUUCACAUGUGUAUUAGCGAGGGCUAUGCUAACUUGAUCAGGCAUUUGCUGCAUGAAGAGUUCUUUAAAAAUAAAGAAAGGAUGGUAAUUUCCAGAAGAGACAGCAUGUGGUCCAUUAGCUCUGAAGGCCAAGCAUUCAAAAACAGCUCCUAACUGAAGCACAACCCACAUUUAAAAUAAAGCUUUAAAAUGGAGCAGUCCUUGAAUGCUUUCUUGAAAGAUUCUAUAAACUAAAUGAUCUCUCAGUAUGUCAUUAAGCCCAUCACUGAACUGGCGAUGCUCAAACAAUUUAUUCAAUUCAGUUAUAUAAGCUGAAAUGGAUUCCCCUU